UGUAUUUUGCUAUUUCAGAAUUUGGUGUUUCUGAUUCCACUAUUUAUGAUUCUUAAGCAUACUCAUUAAUUUUAUUAAAAUAUCUAUUUUAUUAUUAAGUGAAAUUAGUUUUAAGGAAAGCCAAAUUUUACGACAUGGAAAAUUGUGACAGCACAAUUACAGGCUCAAAAGCGUCGUAUGAUCCUGGAUGGAAUGACCCGCCAAGUUUUGCUUAUAAUGCUCAGCAAACUACUCCUAAUCGUCCGCGAAACUUUUUAAACAAAAGAGUAGCUUUUCCUUUAUCUGGUGGAAAUAACUCUUCUGGACCGACUCCUCCAGUUAAUUUGCCUCCACUGCCUACAAAUGUCGUUCCACCAUUGCCGAGUUUGACGACAGAAAUUAAUGUCCAGGAAAAUAUUGUGGUUGAUACAGAAUGUGCACUCAAAGAAGUAAAAGAUAUAUUAAUAACAUUUUUAGAAACAAGCGAAGAAUUAGGAUCAAAAGCUGCCAGUAUUAAAAAACGAAUUGAAAGCAUGGAAAAUAUGUGGCUUAGUGGAAAAUUAAAUAAACAAAUUCAAGUACAGAUGAGAGAUUUGGCAUAUGCACUUAAAAAUGACGAUCACAGCAAAGCUGAUGAAAUCCACAAGGCUUUGAUGGUGGACCAUGUGAGUGCAGUCAGCAUGUGGAUGCCAGGGAUAAAACAACUUAUCUACCACUGCAUUGCUCGUUCUGAACUGUUAGCUAUUGAUAAAGAAUAAGUUAUACUUUACCUAAUUAUAUUAAAUAAGAUUUAUAAUCAAGGACACAGGUGGACUUAAUAGUGGUGAUGACUGAUUGUUACUGAUGAUUACUCAAUAAGAAAUCUUUUAUUUUAUGACAAAUCAUUUAAAUUAAACAGAGUACUAUAAAACUUACUCACAAAAAUAUUAGGUACACAAUAGAAUAUAGAAUGGCACUGAAUCCGAAAAUAUUUAACAUUUAUUGACUGUGUAUGAGUUUUAAUUAAAAUAUAUUUUUAUACUGAAUUGCAAAAAGGUUUAUUAUAAAAAAUCUUUUUUUUUAUCCAAUAUGUAUAACAUUAUGAAUAUUGAUGGGUCUCAUACACAAAUUACAGAACCAUAUAUAUUGCAUUUAGGAGAGGCUGAUUCUAAUAAAAAGGAUACAUUUUCAUUAAAUAUUGUGUUCUUAGAAUAUAAUCUUGCAAGUACUUCACAAGAUUAAUGUUAUGUUACCUUUAGUCAUACAUUAUAUUACAUAAAUAAGUUACUAUAAGUCCACCUAGAGAUAACAUGACUAUUAUUAUUCCAUAUUGCUUUUUUUUUUAAUUUGUUUGAUAUUAGUUGAUUUGAGUCUUAUGAAAACAGUAGUCACAAAUGAUUUAAAUGUGCAUGUAAUAAUAUAUAUAUAUUUUGAUACUUAAAAUGUAAAUAAAACAUGUACAUAUAUUUUUUUAAAUUACUAGUCUCCCCAACAAUUUGCAUCGAAAAGUUGGACAACUUCAAUAAUAUUAAUAAAAAUGUUUACUAAUGCUUUUAGAAGAACUUUAGCUAUCAGCAUAUUAUGUAAUCUAGAAUCUUCCAGGAUCCUUUUGUACACAUAAUGUGUAAAAUAACUAUUAUAUGUGUUUGUUAUCACAUCACAUACUAUGUGUAGAAGAGAAAAAGUUUCAGGUAAAAUUUAUGUAGAAUAUUAUAACAAUAUUUUAUGCUUGUAGAAGUAGAUCUCAGUUUU